CCAAUGAGAAGUUAGAAGAUUGGCCACGUGAGUUCGAAGCUCUCUGUUGUGUUUCCGGGUCUGAUUUUGUCCAGCUAGAGGGACACGAUGAUGCGUAACUGACUGGUGGCUGAAGACCAAUACUGACAGAGGGACUGAAGCACCUGUCUGUCGUCAUGUCCACACAGAGGAGUUCUGCUAAAACUCUGAUCAUCACAGACGCAGAUGAGGAGGUGGAGGCUGAGGAGCUGAAUCCCUUCUCCUUCAGAGAAUUUCUACGCUGGAAGAACCAGGAUCCAGACCUGGACCAAGAUCUGGACCAGGAACACACACAUAGCAAGUCCAGCAGCUCUCAAAGGUCGUUUGAUGUUGGGACUGUGACCUUUGACCCUGCAGUCAGUUUCUUCUCUGAGGCACCACAGGAGCAGGAGGAGGACGACGACUGGGGUCAGAGUUUCCAGUCAGGUGUAGACAGCACCUCGUCCGUCUGCACAGAGGAGGAGGACGAGGAGCAGACCAGGUUCUCCUCCAAACCUGAAGUCCAGAGAGGAGGAGGAGGAGCAGGAGCAGGAGGAGAGAACUAUGAAGGAGAUGAUGAGACCUCCAUAGCUGAGCCGGUCACCUCCUGCAGGAGGAGGAGCGGGAGGAGUCAGAUACAACAGCUGAAGGAGGAGAACGUGUCCCUGAGGAGAACCAUCAGGGAGCUGCAGAGGAGAUCAGAGGCCAGUGAGCGCAGGGUGCUGGAGCUGUCCGAGGAGCUGUUCCAGAGGAGGCGGCAGGAGGAGAAGGAGGCUCAGGACCUGGAGAGCAUGGUCCACUCUGUGGAGCAGAACCUCCACCUGAUGACGAGGCGAGCGGUGAAAGCAGAGAACUGCGUUUCCAAACUGAAGGUGGAGCUGCAGCAGCUGCAGGUGUGUGUGUAUCUGCGUGUGUCUCAGGUGGAAAUCGACUCUCUGCGGUCGGAGAACGACAGCCUGAAGGCUGCAGAGUCUGAGCUCGUCGUGACCAUGAGACAAAAUGCUCAGGUGGCGUCUGAGUACCUGAACAAGACAGCAAGCCACGCCCAGUCCUCCAUCCGUCAGCUGCUGGGGGAAGCAGAGACUCUCCGUUUGGUCUCUCAGCUGCUGCAGUACAUCGACAAGAUUUCCAACCUCAGCUCGGACUCCUGAACUCCACUGGACCACCAGAAUGCUUUGGACCUCCUGUGGACAGGAGGACACUGUUGUCAUGGAAACAGCCCCGAAAGGACCAGCGUUAUGUCAGCAGGUCACAGUCCGGCCGUCGUUUUCUUCACAGGUGUUUUAUUUUGAAAGGGUAGCUGUGACCCUGUGAUGACAUCACAUCUCAGACUGAUGAUGAGCUUGUUUUUAUUUACGGUGUCAUUAAAUGCGAGGUUGGUGAGCAGGAAACACGUCAUCUCUUCUGAAGUCUGAAGUGUUUCAUAAUAAACGGCUUCUUAAAUCGGUU